AUGACUUCCAGGAUUUCGCCUUUCCUCUACCCAGGGGCGGUAGCGACGGGCGAUCGUCUGGCAAUUGUGCAUUUGAAAAGGGACUUGCAGAUGCCGACCGUCCUCAAGGAGCGCGACGAGGAUAAUGAAGGCUACUCGGAGGGGAAGGUAGUCAAUACACGAUUUGGGUCUUUCCCGCAUAAGACAUUGAUCGGCCUACCGUGGGGGAGCCAAGUUCGAGCUUCCAAGGUUGAUACGGGAUCUCGAGGACGUCGGCCCAAGGGAGAGGACAAGAAAAGGAAACGGGAUGAGGAUGCGGUGGAUGCGCCAAAGAAGGCUCCGAAAUUAGAGGAUGGCGACCCAGAUGCGGGCACACCAACGGCGGCGAAGGAGGAAGCUGUAAUUGCUGCCAGUGGAUUCAUGCAUCUGCUGCCACCGACGCCCGAGAACUGGACGAGUUCGUUGCCUCACCGGACGCAGGUUGUCUACACGCCAGACUACAGCUAUAUCUUGCACCGCAUACGGGCGAGACCAGGGAAGAGUAUCAUCGAGGCCGGUGCUGGUAGUGGAUCGUUUACGCACGCAUCUGCGAGGGCGGUCUUCAGUGGAUACCCGGGGAACGAUGAGGCCAAUGGAUCGCCGAAGAAGAAGAAGAGGAGAUUAGGCAAGGUCUGGAGCUACGAGUUCCAUGCGCAGAGACACGAGAAACUGGUGCACGAAAUCAAGGAUCAUGCAUUAGAGGGAGUUGUUGAGAUUACACAUCGGGAUGUCUGUGAGGGGGGAUUCUUGGUUAAUGGGCAGAGUCCGAAUGCUGAGGCUAUAUUUCUGGAUCUUCCUGCACCAUGGCUCGCUCUACCACAUUUGUCGAGAUCACCGCUCGCGAAAGAAGGCAGUCCGACCGACGCGCCUACAGAAACGACGCCUUUCAUCUCCGCGUUGAGUCGUACGGCACCGGUGUAUAUCUGUACAUUCUCCCCCUGCAUCGAACAGGUCCAACGGACGGUAUCAGUGAUGCGGAAACUAGGCUGGGUCGACAUUGAAAUGGUGGAAGUCUCUCAAAAGCGCUUCGAGAUUCGCCGAGACAGGAUCGGGAUCGAUAUCGGCGGCGAACGUGGUCUCCAAUUGACACCCGCCUCCGUUGACGAAGCCGUUGCCCGCCUCAAGGAGGUUGAAGGAAUACACAAGUCUUUCCACGAGAACGGGGAAAAGGUCGAGACUGCAAAGAAGAGUAAAGAAAACCCCAACACUCGUGCGAAAAUCAUGGAGAGCUUGAUCGAGAAGAAGACUUACAAGGAAGGGCUGCUGGUGCAUAAAACGGAACCGGAGGUGAAGACGCAUACGAGCUACUUGGUCUUUGCGAUCUUGCCGAGGGAGUGGAGUGAAGAGGAUGAAAGGUUGGCGAGUGAGAAGUACAAAGUCCAGGUUAGAAAGGAGGGCGAGAAUGUCGACGGGGAGGUUAUCGGGAUGAGCAGGAAGCAGCAGAAGAGGAUAGAGAGGCAGGCUAUGAAGGAUAAAACCACAGCUGCAAAGGCUGACGUGGAGAGUUGUGGAGUGAAGGACGAGGAGGCGGUAGAUGUUGAGAUGCAGGAUGCUGGGGACGAUGCCACAGUCGACGACACGCCAGUGUGA